AUGAGUUGGACAAAUUGGAAGUUUCAUGUGGGAUAUGAUAUUCGAGCUGGGCCAAUAAUUUCCCUAGCAUCAAUUUAUGAUCUUCAACAACAAAGGUAUCGCAGAGUGUUAUACAGAGGAUAUAUAUCAGAGUUCUUUGUGCCAUAUAUGGAUCCAACUGCAAAUUGGUACUUUAAAACCUUUCUUGAUAGUGGUGAAUUCGGGUUUGGCCAAUCCAUGGUGUCACUUGAGCCAUCGGCUGAUUGUCCACCCAAUGCUGCAUUUUUGGAUGCAUAUUUUGCAGACGAAGAUGGUGUACCGGUAAAAAUAGCUAAUGCAAUUUGUAUCUUUGAGAAGUAUGCUGGGGAUAUCAUGUGGCGCCACACAGAAUCAGAACUACAUGAUGAGGAGAUAAGGGAAGUUAGGCUUGAUGUGAGCCUAAUGGUGAGAAUUGUCUCAACUGUGGGCAACUAUGAUUAUAUCAUAGAUUGGGAGUUCAAGCCAAGUGGUUCCAUAAAAAUGGGGGUUGGUCUGACAGGAAUUUUGGGUAUCAAAGGAACAUCAUACACCCACGUGGAUCAAAUUAAGGAGGAUGUCUUUGGCACAUUGUUGUCGGAAAAUACCAUUGGUGUGCACCAUGAUCAUUAUCUCACAUAUCACCUCGAUCUUGACAUUGAUGGCCAGGCCAACUCUUUUAUGAAGACCAAUUUGGAGACCGUGACAGUAAGGAAUCACAGUUCACCAAGGAAAAGUUCAAUAAGAGUUGAUUUUAUUAACAAAAGAUUGUUAAGAUAA